AUGUCGGACUACGACUGUCCGACCACCAGUGCCAAUAAUCUUAAAGAGCAACCUUGGUAUUGCGGCAUGCUUACCCGCAUCAAAUCCGAGCAAAUGCUGGGAGAAAACGGCGAAUUCUUGUUAGAAGAAGAGUCCUUCGUUUCUGUCGCUGCGCUGGUAAAUUUCUAUCGUAGCCAUCGUCGUCCAGUCACCAUCGCCUCUGGCUGCAUUAUUACUACACCUGUAGAUCGUUCUCGCGAAGGAGCGAUUUCUGGCGGCUUAGAACUUGAAGCUAGCUAUAUGCAUGUACUAAAGCCGCACAUAAAUCAGGUCACUCCAAGAUCGCUCUCCCAACGGGUACUACUUAACCAAACAGCACUUCGUCAGAAUGCCGCUUCUCGCCAGCAGCGUCCCCGCUCAAGCAUAAGUCAUCAUCAAAUCAGCACAGCCUCAGAGCCCGUGGUGGUGCCCCCAGUGCCUGCAGCUCUAGCAAAUCGCCCACUUCCAUUGCCUAUCAGGUCACCAAGAAAUACUCAGGAAGAUGAAGAAGAUUAUUCCGAAAUGGACUAUGACGCCAUGGAUGGUAUUCUGGAUGCAUCUUCAGCCUCUAUCAACGACAGAGGUCGAAGCUCGAGUAUGGCAUCAAUACCAGGCAAAAUAUCCAGACAAUUCCAAUCCUGUCAAAACCUCAGUUAUCGCUCGCAGUCUCCAUGCGCUGCGACUAAAGCCGCCCCUCCUCUACCUGCUCGACCACCUCUGCCGCCGAGGCCAAAUUUCAGAGUGGAGCAGUGUACGACUGCUAUGGAAGAAGCUAACGUGAACCGUUCUCAACCUGAAGAAAGAGAUAGCGCCUUUAUGGAUUAUGACGAACCGCGAACGAAGCUUAUGGAGGAUGACUAUGACAAACUGCCACCAUCAAGACCGCGCAGUUCUGAUCUGGACCGAAAUCGCCUAAGUGGUUCAAGUGACUGUGACAGCGCUGAGGGCGGUGAAAGAGAUUCUCGAGAUUCUGGUAUCUACAGCUCCCCUUCACCUCCAGACGACCAUCAUGCUUCGCUGUCACAGGUGCAUCUAAUGCAGCUUAAGCAAUAUCUGCUUACGAAACGACCUGACGAGAUAGCGCUGGCGAUAUCGCAUGAACAUGCGAAAAUGCUGCGAUUUCUGGGAUUACCUGAGAAUGUCGAUAAAAAGGCUAAUAACGGACUGCGUCAAGUUCUACUUCCUAGCGGUGUAAUUUUAAGACAGGAACUACUAGAGAGGGUAUCCAUGCUACAUUAUUCCUGCUUAUUGUCCAUACUUUCGGGAGCGCGCAAAGAUGCUCCACUAAUCCUGAAAAAGUGGAUCCUUAUUGGUGUUUCUAUGGCUCGUCACGGAGACGCUUUCGCAUGUGCUUCCAUAGCUACUGCUUUGAGCGAGCCAACGCUUCGUGAUCUAUCUUGGCUCUGGACGUCGUUAGACUCUCCGGCAAAGGGUGAUUAUGAAGCUUUAAAAAAUCUUGGAAACUCCUUGAAGAGGGGUGAGAAACUUGAAAGCCACCAUCAUACAACAGUGAUUCCAUUCUUGCAACCUAUCUUGGAAAUUAUGUCCGGCCAGGAGUCACAGUACUUGGAUAGGGCAAAUUACGCUUGUGAAAUUGAUUCCUUAUGGGCAUGGCUUGACCGUGCUCGCGAUUGGUGCAUGCAAGCUGACGAGUCAUGUAAAGCUGCUGUCACAAAAUAUGCCAGAGCUGACGGUAGCGUCAUGACCCCAUCCUUCCUCAAUCGGCUAUUUGUUGGAGGAGCUGGACCAGAGGACCGUCAAAAGGUGCUCAAUGGACUUAUACAGCAUAUUCAGGACCAGUGCUGA